GCUAUGAAUAUCCGCACUACGGUAUGCUCGCAAAAAGCUAGUGAGUACUGUUGUCAGAAUGAUGCCAUCCACGGGAGGAGCCAUUGAGGGCCAGUCACUGCUCUGCAAAGCGCACACACGCAGAGACACGAAUUGGUCGACUGGGCUGUGCUGUGAGCGUAGCAGAGGAUGGAGCAACAGGUCCAUCUCUUUCACUCAAUUUACCAUCCUAUUCUCUGAUCAGCAAUGGCACCUUCAAGCACCACAGCAGCAACCGGUCGGCUCACCAGGGCAUCCUCGCGGACAUCAACAACGUCGGCAUCGACAACCAAAGGCGCCGCGAAGACCGUCUCUGCCACCAAACCUAAAACAGAAACGACAAAGAAAGCUACAGCAACCGGCAAAGGAUCCAAGAGGCAGGCGGCCUCAAAAGCCGGCGCCCGUAAGCGUGUGAAGCGCGAGGAAUAUGACGAGGAUGAAGAAGAAGAAGAAGAAGAGAGAGAGGCAAGCGAAGCAGAGGAAGACAAUGAUCAAGAGGAUUACAAGGAUGAAGACGAGGAGAACGAUGAGGACAGCGACGCAGAUGAUUUUGAGGACUCCAGCUACGGUAAGAGUCGCACGCGCCAGACAACCAAAGCAGCUCCUUCGUCCAAAAAAUCAAAAUCAACGGCAACGAAGAAGACCUCCGCAGCCAAGCCGUCGAGGUCUUCCAGCAAUCCCGAUCUGCAACCAGCCGGUUACAAAAAGUUCAAGGUCUCGCCCGUUGUCAUCCCCCGGCCAAAGAAGCCUGCUGCAGAUGCUAUCCAGCCCGAGACGCUCGAGUUCAUUAGGGACCUGAAGCUCAACAAUGACCGCGAAUACAUGGAUCAGAACCUGGAGCGAUGUCAACAAGCCAAGGCAGAUUUUUUGGAUUUCAUUCGCAUGGUCAAGGAAGGGCUACUGGAGGCGGAUCCUGAUAUUCUCAACGUAGAGCCUAAGGAUUCUAUGAUGCGAAUCUAUCGCGACAUCAGGUUUUCGAAUGACAAGAGUCCCUAUAAGCGUUCGUUCUCCUGCUUCUUUUCAAAAGGCGGUAAAAAGUCUAUCGCUGCAGGUUAUUUCUUUGGCGUUUCUUCAGAAGGCGAAACGUUUGCAGGAUGUGGAAAAUGGGAUCCCUCAGGCCCGGUGCUGGUUCGGAUCCGCCAAGGCAUCGUCAACCACUCGGAGCGAUUUGAGGAGAUCCUGAGUACAGAUGCCAUCAAGAAGAUCACGGGCGGGAAGACUGGACUGGAUGCUCUUCGGCCUGGGUCAUCACAGCUCAAGACAGGGCCUGCAGGGUUCGACAAGAAUCAUCCGAUGAUCGAAUACCUGAAGCGAAAGUGCUUUGCGAUCGGCAGGACCUUCACGGACAAGGAGGUGGUGAGCGAGGGGUUCCUGGAGGAGGUACUGCAGACCUUUGAUGCGUGUGUGGAUCUGGUCCACAUCCUGAACGACUGGAUUGGAUAGAGGCCAUCAUCGCUGUAGCCCAUGCAAAAAAAUAAAAUAAAAGUCGUCCUCUGGUGCAGAAAUAAGGUCCAGAAUUUAAGAUUUCACCGCAAGCUGCGGAUUUUCGGAAUAAAAU